GCUCCAGCAUGCUCCAGAGCUGGAGCGUCUCCUCAUGGCACAAGAGCGCUUUGCGGGACAGACUGCCUUGCACCUGGCAGCUGCAGCGGGUCACGCUGCGCUCUGCAAAGUUCUGCUCGAGAUGGCUCCCAGCCCGGCGAUGCUGCUGGCAGCCAAGGACAAGUCUGGCGGAUUUACACCGCUGCAGCUUGCCUGUGAGAAGGGGCAAGCCGAGGUUGUGGAAGCUUUGUUGGAGGCCGACCCGGAGCGGGCCAUACGCCUGAAGGAUUGCCUGGAUAAAUGGAGCGGCUUCUCGGCCCUGCACCUCAUCGCCUACCGUGGCCACGAAGAAGCCGCCAAGGCCCUCCUGCGGGGCGCGCCGGACAAGCGAGCGAUCUUGGCCUUGAAGGACCAGCGCGGCAGAACUGCAGCCGACCUGGCUGCUGACAGAGGCAGACGGCCGGUUGCUUCUCUCCUCGCAGAUGCCCCUCUUGGAGCUGUCACGGAGCUGUCGCGCGGGCCUGGAAACUCAGGCUCGACGCCGGAAUCGCAGCCGGCUUCCAUGAGUCAGUUCAUGGAGUUGAACGUGUUGGAGGCACUUGGGCGGUUGGCGGAAGGCAUCUACCGCCUACGUGGAUACGCCGAACUCAACCACGCGGCAGCGUUCAAAAUACUGCGCAAGCACGACAAGAUCUUGAAGCGUGAAGAUGGCAUUGCCUUGAAAUACCCGUCCAACAUCGAGAACACAAUUUUCGCGGACAUGGGCGCUUUUGAAGCCCUGGACGCCAGCGUUCGACAGGCCUUCCAAAAUCGAUCUGCAUCUGCAGAGCCCGGGAUCUCUCCCGAGGAGCUGUCGAAAUGCGAUGCUCAAUGGAUCGAGCAGCUCUUGGAGGAGCGUGCGGCCGAGAUCCUGUUUAACGGCGUGGAGAGGACGGAGCCGGCCUCUGAAGAUGGUUUGAUCUACUUGUACUUUCCUGCUCUGGAGAUCGGCCCCUACAGCACCCAGGUGCGCAUGACAGUCCGGAUCAGCCUCCAGCCGCAGAGGGCCGAGGUGCAGGUCUUGGAGAUCAACCCGGGUCUGCGGGACAAGAGAACAGGCAGCGUCGAGUACCAGAAGGACUUGGAUAAGCUGCUCGAGGCUAACGCGGAGAUCGUGCUUCGUUGGCAAGAUGAUCCGCGAUCGGACGACCUGCGCAUAGUGCAGCAGGCCCUCCAGCGGUUCAAGUACUAUUUGCCUGGAUGGUUUCCGGUGCCAGAUUCGGUCACAGAAGCCGUUCUCAGGACCUUCAUCACCCGUGCGAUCAAAGCCGGCCAGGAUGAGGUCUUCAGGGCACUUCAGAAAGAAGCAGCUGUCGCGCUUUUGGCCGCCGGCCUUGGGAAGCGUUCUGCGACUACGGCCGGCCUCCAGGGCCCCGCCUUGCGAGCUGAACGGCUACUCUUUUUCUUCAUUGGGUUGUCCUUGGCGCUUGUGCUGGCGAUAAUCGUGCUGAUGGCGUUGCCCGCCAAAGACCCCGCCACGUUCUCGCGGGACUAUUUCCUUUGUAGCUUUCCAGUGUUCAGAGUUUGCCUUAGUCUCGUCUUGGUUAUUGUUGGAAUGGCCACCGUGGCCCGCGUUUGUGAGGACAACUUCGUAAAUCAUUUUUUCAUCUUGACCAUCGACCCAAGAUGUCGAAUUAGUCCAAACUUCUUGUUCAGCUGGGCCAUGUUGCUGAGCUCAGCUUGGAUUCUCAUCUUCGGCAUGUAUGUCGUUGAUUACAAGUGGAUGGUCCUUCCUCUGUCGUGUGCAAUAGUGAGCCGGAAGCAAUGUGAGUUUCCGAUGGCACCCAGGCGACGGCGCUGGUGCUGCUGCUGUUGCUGCUGCCAUUCGUCCGCCACCCAAGAAGCUGCUGAGUCGUCAGAGGCCUCUUCCGAAGAUGAUGACUUCUGGCAAGAGUAUGAGCAACGUGAGUUUGACUCGUUCGCGUUCCCCCCAGCAAAGCUGUGCCCAGCCUUGUGCUCUUCUACCCGGGCCAGCAGUUCCGGGGAUGAGGAAGACGGCCUUCCACGUCGCCGGUACUCGGCACAGAAGCACUGUUGGGACCAAGCUGAUGGUGCGGGAAUCAAGGUUCGUGGGCCGGACUACUUGCGUGACAAGAGGAAAUGCCAGACUGAGAGCCCAAUGCUGGCUCUGAGUUUCGUGGACAUUUUUCGUGGCCGGGAUCUGGAAUGCUUCAGCUCCAGCCAAAGAAGCCAGCCGCGAGAUAAGUCGACCUUUUUGCUCGUCCUGAACUUCCGCCUGCCGGACUCGCAACUGGUGGCGUGCUGGUCGGUCCCGCAGGAUGCUGAGUGGUCGGACUCACGGCAGGGCAGACUCCUUCAGAGGUUCCUGCAAGAGAUGAGUGCACCGGAGCGCGACAAGCGCCUGAAGCUCAUAGCGCGAGUUCUCGAGGGCUCCUACAUGCUGAAGCAGGCAGUGGGGAGCAAGCCGGCCAUCAUCGCCAAUCAAUGCAGAAUCACGUACUUUGCGCAGAAGGACUUCUUGGAGGCUUCCGUAGACAUGGGGGACUCCUCCAUGGGCCGCCGCAUACGAGGUCUCUUUGACGAUGGCUCUUCAGCCCUGGAACUGUUCGUUCUGCUGGAGGGGCUGCAGCCGGAGGAGCUGCCCGAGCGUCUGCUCGGUGGGCUGACGCUGUGUCACAUCGACAUGCGCAACGUUUGGUCGUCAUCGACCAGGCUAGAGCGUGCCUCGUGGCACUAUGUCCUCUAUCCCGUCGUUCUUGCAGGCAUUUCUUUCAUCCUCUUGGUGCAGCCCUCGUCCAUAUGCCGGUUUCGGUACAAGGCACAGCUUAUACGUGGUGUUGGCAGAACAUGCUUGGCUCCACUCUACGCUGUCAGCUUCUGUGACAACAUGAUCGGUGAUGUGCUCACAAGUCUAGCGAAGCCGCUGCGGGACGUGCCGCCUGCAAUCUGUUACCUGAGCUCCCAUCAUCCACAGCUGCAGUCCUCGAUGGAGCGCUUCAUCCGGAACGGCAGCACCUGUCCAUCUUGGGAGGCCUCCUAUGUGCAGCCACUCAUAGGAGGGGCUCCUUUCUGGUUCCGGCUGCUGCAGUGUGCGCGCCGGUAUUACGACACUGGGCAGCGUCGCCACCUCUUGAACCUUGGCAAGUAUGCUGCAAGCCUGCUUGUGGUAGUGCUCAGCAGGCCGGGAUACCCGAAGUGGAUCGUCAUUCUGGCCUCGGCUGUCGCCACCUGUUACGCUGCCAUCUGGGAUGUCACGAUGGAUUGGGGCCUUGGAGUCGAAGAAAUCUUCUUGGGCCGCUUGAAUGGGCACGGCGAUGGAGGGAUAAUUCUGUCUCCCAGAGGCAGGCAUGACAGCUAUAUGGGCGAGUCACCGCAGUCUUGGCAAGGGUCUGCCGUAGAGCUCAACCUAAUGAGACAAACGCAGAACAGCCAGCCUUCGCGGCACUUUCCGCGAAGGGUUUAUUACAUUGCUAUCAUGAUGGACAUCCUCUUGCGGCUAACAUGGGUGCUGACCCUGAUGCCCGUGACAAUUCUAACCACCGACAUUGUUGCGCGCGAAAUACUGCAUUGCUUCAUGACGGUGGCAGAAAUUUUUCGUCGGACAUUCUGGGCCAUCCUUCGCAUUGAAUACGAGCAAGUGGCCAAUGCCAGUGGCUACCGCGCUCUUUUGUGGGUGCCGAUGAAAGUCGGGCAGCGCGCCGGCGAGACGGAGGUACGCACGGCAAGGGGCUGGAGGACUGGCAUAGCGCAGCGUCUGCUCAACUAG